AUGCGUGAGCCGCUGAGCCACGGAGCAAGUGCUCCGAGCCCCGCAGCCCCUCGCACCGAAGCUCUCGCCACAUUUUUUGAUUGGUUUCAACGCGGCGGCACGGAGAAGAAGACGUUGGAGAUCAUCGGAAGAGAGCACUGCGGGAAGACGUGGUUUGCGAAAAAGGUACUUUUUGGGGAAAGUGACAGAAGACCAUAUUGUCCGGUAAAUGACUCGGGUUGAGGAGGUGUGAGAGCACUUGAAAAGGCGAUGGAGCAUGUGUCGAGGGCUCCGAGUAUAAUGCACGCGAAUAGGACACUUGAAGCCGGGCAGGGGAACAUAAUUGACUGAGAAAGGGACUGGGGAAACGUCUAGAACUGACAAAGCAGAAUACUUUCUUGUCAUGCGCCUUUAAAGCUACCGUAUAUAGUGUCGAUUUACGGGUUAUCGAAUAGAAAAGCGCCUCAUUCUAGGCGCUAUAUCUCAGCUGCCCGAAGAGAUAUAAAAAACGUUGUUAACUGACAAAAUGUACGUAAUUCCUUGAUAAACAAUUUAUUAGUUGAUAACAUUUUGAUAUCUCUACUGGCAGCUGAGAUAAAUCUUCUUGGAUGGACUGUAUUAGAGUAGCCUUGUACCGAACCUUCUCAACUUGGCAGACCUGUAUUUCAAGUGUCAAUGACUAUUUCUAAAAGUGGUCAACUGAAAAAUUGUAGCAAAUUUUACCCUUCCUAAAUCGAAAACUGACCAUUUUACUCCAAACUUCUUUCUUCUUGAUUAAUAUUUCUAUUUCUAACCAGUACAAGUUUGCAGCUCUCCGACCUGCCCGAAUGCGUCGCUUCCCACUUCUGCCGUCCCGAUGAGCCACAGUCAUCCGAACCGGCCACCGUGAUCCGAUCGAUCGGCGACCAGCUCAUGCGCCGCUUCCCAAAUCUGGUCCUGCCACGAUUGACGACUGUAACUUUGCUGGAAGACACGCUGAACGCCCUCAAGCACUUCAUCCAACUUCCGCUCGAGACGAUGCCGUCUCCGUCGAAACCAGUGUUCCUGGUGGUUGACAAUGUGGAGGACGAGGAGACGCAGAUACUCGUCGAGAUGCUCACUGACAUUCUGCCAACAUGGAUCCGAAUGGUUUACACGUCGAGGGAUGGAGCUGUGAGUGACGAAGAAGAGGAAAAGAAGAAGGAAGUGGAGCAGAAAGAGAUUAUGGAACUCGAUCUCCCCGAUGACCCAGACUUUGACCGUUUCAUCCGUGCCAAACUACCUCAUUAUCAGGUGAAAGACGUUCGGAAAUCAUCAGACGGCUCUUGGUUCUAUGUGGAGCAGCUGGCCAGGGCAGUGGAGCUCGGAAUGUUGCCGAGUGACGUGUCGCCGCCGAUUGGAGUGGGCCCGAUGAUGGCGCUGGUGGCCCGGAGUCUGCCGGCCGCGUUCGAAGAGAUCGUCCGACUGGCGAAGACGAGCCGAUGCCGUCCGAGCCGUCAGCAACUGCUCGCCGUCUCGCAGAUGCUCAUCUCCCGAGAAAUUUCCAUACUUGAGAAGGAUAUCCGAUUGAUAAGCAGCGUCAUCGGAUCCACGUUCCAAUCCGAAUCGGAUCUAUUCGACGUGCCCGACAUCUGGUUCCGAUUCGUCGGCGACGAGACGCUCCGAAGUCACUGUGCGUGGGCGGAACACUUCAAGACCAAACGACGGAAAAGCGCUCAGGACAUCUGCGAGCUCGCCUAUCAUCUCUCCCAUUCGACCACGAACCCCAUCAACGCAGUGAAGACUUUGCAAAGUGUUGGCGCCGGAGACCUGGUUCUUCGGUGUCAUAUUAUAGAUCUUCCGACGACUGCACUGUUAAAAUCCGCCGGGGCGCGGAUGGAGGACAACAAUAAUGAUGUGGUUUACGCGUGUUCGGUCGGAGACGUCGACUACCUGGAUGCUAUUUUGAGAGAGAGCAAGCCGAUGCCGAUGGUAAUACCUUUCAAGGUCAUUUCGAAAUCAUUCUUGUAUUUCAGGACAUUUGCUUCGGCUUGCUCACCGCCGCCGCCCGCGGGAACCUCGAAAUGUGCCGUUUCCUGGCCGAUCACUUCCCCCAUCUGGUCGCUUCUUCGUGUUGCGGAGAAUGGAAUGCCCUGCGCAGUGCCGCGUGCUACGGACAACUCGACAUCCUCCAUCUCCUUCUGGAAAAGGGCGUCGACGUGGACGAGUGCGGACACAGCGACCGGACGGCGCUCCGAGCGGCCGCCUGGUCCGGACAACUGGCCGCAGUUCAGUUGUUGCUGCAGACGGGCGCAAUGGUCGAUCGGAGGGAUUCCGAACAACGGACUGCCCUGAUGGCCGCCGCGUUUAUGGGACAUCGGGAUGUGGUGGGGGUGAUUCUGCAGUACGGAGCAGAUGUGAACGCGGUGGACAAAUCGGGAGCCACCGCGUUGCAUUUGAAUUUGUCGAAUGGGUCCAAACAGGAUGAGCACGCCGAGACAACUCGGCUACUUCUGAAUUCUGGGGCCGAUUGCAAGAUCGAAGACGCGAACGGUCGAGUGGCCCUUCAUCUGGCCGCCUACCACGGGGACCCCUGCAUUCCAUUCAUCCUCGAGAAGUAUCCGGUGGUGGAUGUGCCCGAUAAAAUGGGUCAAACUCCUCUGAUGCUCGCGGCCAGUCAGGGACAACUGAAAGCAGUCGAAUUCCUGACGGCAACCGCUCAUUCCGACGUGGAUUCGAUUGAUAACAACGGAAGAACGGCCCUCCAGUGGGCGGCGAUCAACGGACAUUCGAAAGUUGUGGAGUUCCUGUGUGGAAUCGGAUCCGAUGAGGGACACAAAGACAACGACGGAGCUGUGGCACUGCACUACGCGGUGACGCAUGAUGAUGUGGAACUGGUGACGCCGCUUCUGAAUAAGCAGACGGCCGAGGCAAAGGAUCGGUACGGACAGCAUCCGGCGAUGAUUGCGGCCGCCAACGGGAACUUAAAAGUGAGUUGAAAUUCGCUUGAAAAACGUUCCUAUCAAAUUUUGUUUUCAGGUUCUCGAGAAGCUUCUCGAAGUGUCCGACACCCUGAACCAGCCGGACCACGAAGGUCGUACCGCCCUUUCUCUCGCCGCCAUGGCCGCCCACACAUCCGUAAUCGAUACGAUCGCGCCGAGAGUGACCGAUUGGAGCCAACGCGACGCUGACGGAACCCCGCUCAUCCAAACGCUCAUCCUUUCCAACCUCAUCUACGUGGCCGAAGUGUUCCUCGGCCACGGUGCCUCGACAUCCGACGCGGACGUGCACGGACGCACUUGUGUCCAUGUGGCCGCCUCGACGAAUGACGUGGCCGCUGCGAAGAUGUUACGGAGGAACGGCGCCAACUUCGAGGACGUGGAUCGGGGCGGACGGACUGCUCUGAUGACGGCCGUAUGGGCGAAGCACCUGAACAUAUCGGUGUACCUUCUGGACAGUUGUGGAGUGGAUCCGAAUCGCGGCGAUCGACAGGUACAAUAUAAUUCAGAGACCCGUAUGUAAUAGUGUUUUCCAGGGCGCUACGGCCCUCUCGAUAGCUGCUCAAAUCGGCGACCGGGACCUGGUCAACCUGCUUCUGAAGUUCGGCGCCGAGCCCAAAAUCAAAGACGCGAUGGGUCGAACGGCGAUGGACGUGGCGAUGAUCUCCGGCAAGGAAUCGAUUGUCGCGCUGCUGCAGUCGGCCAGCGGAUCCUCCGGCUCUUCGGGGAUCGGAAGCAGUGUGCCGAACAGUCCGAUGGACGGAUCCAAGCAGAGACAGCGGCAGAUCCGCGCCACGUCAUCACUCCGAACCCAUCGGAUCGUCGACAAUCUUUAG